GAGUCCAUAUCACUACAGCCUGAAGGAAAUGUUCUGGGCCAGUGUGAGUAAAAGGCCAUAACUCUUCUGCUCCCACCCACGAAGUCUCUCCUGUCCAUCAAGUAAUAAAGCACUGAAGGUGGUCGGCCGGCCGCCGACGACCAAGACCAACAACCGAUGGAGGACAUUCGGCUGCCGGCGGACGUCCUCUUGUCGGUGAUCUCCCGCGCCGCCGCGGGGCCGAGGGAUGCCUGCAUCGUCGCCACGGUGUCGCCGGCGUUCCGCGCAGCGGCCGACUCCGACACCGUCUGGUCACGCUUCCUCCCGGCUGACUUCGCCCCGCUCGUCUACCCGGCGCCUCCGCCAAGAUCCAAGAAGGAGCUCUUCCUUCGCCUCUCUGGAAACCAUGCCCUCCUUGAAGACGGCCUCACGAGCGCGUGGCUGGACAGGGAGACCGGCGCUAAGUGCUAUAUGGUUGCGGCCAGGGCUAUGAGGAUUAUCUGGGUGGACACGCCGGACUACUGGCGCUGGAUCCCGCGCGAAGACUCAAGGUUCCCGACAUGCGCUGAACUGUUAGCGGUUUGUUGGCUGGACAUCUCCGGUACCAUAACAUGCAGGAUGCUAUCAGGUGACACGCGCUAUGCAGCCUACCUGGUAUUCAAGAUGACCGAUGACUGCUAUGGCCUGGAUUCUCCUCUUCAGCAGGCAUCGGUCAGCGUCGGAGAGGGCACAUCAACCCACUCGGUCUGCCUACAGGGCUACGUGGGCGACGAAGAGAACGACAUAAGUGAGGAAGGACUUCCACCUAGGCUCCCACAUGAGAGGCCUGAUGGUUGGAUGGAGGUGGAGCUAGGAGACUGGUACAACCAUGGAGGCGACGACAUAGAGGUUCGUGCCAGUGUGAAGGAGACCAGGUUUGGAGGCAACUGGAAGAAAGGGCUUAUUGUUCAGGGCCUUGAAUUUAGACCUAAGAACUGAUUGAGGCCGAGUUGAUCAUAAAAUUAUGUCCCAGUUUCGAGUGCAUUCAUUUUUCAGUUGAGUUGUUUGAGUCCCCAAAGUAAGUUUGUACGAAGUAUGCAUGUUGCAAACAUAUCCACAUAUAGAGUAAGUGAAUAAGUAGGGCUAUUAUGUAACCCUUGGUGCCAAAAGGGUGGUCUAUUUUCGAAGAAAAAGGUGUUAAAUCCCUUGGCACAACUUAGUAGCCUUUGCAAAUCAAAGUAUGACAGUGGACUAGAUAAA